AACCGCAGAGAUCAUAGUGUAAAUUUCACCCAUUGAAAAUCGUCAAAAAGUGAUCAUUUUAUUUUACAUUACUAAACAUUAUCCGUAACUCGUAACAUCGAUCUUCAAGUUAAUUUAGCUUCUUAAUGUUUAAAAAAAAUCUGAUUUCGCCUAAGACUCGAGAAACAAGUUAAUUGCGAAGUAAAGAAUGAAAAUAGACGAGGAUUGUGUUGAAACUUGUGAGAUAAUCAGUAUUAUAUUUUACGGCCAAAUUCAGGAUUAAAUUAGAGAACGGUAGUCUACUAUUACAGAAUAUUUAUUCGCGAUGUAACUGACAUUCCAUGGAUUUCAUUUCCGUGAUCGACAGUGUAGCGAAUGAAUAUCGUUUUACAUGUGAAUGCUGAUAUUGCGUUGCAACGUUUGAAUUGAGACCAUUGCGUUUAUUGUACUUCCACUCGACAAACUGUGCCACAAAAACAAACAUCUGCUAUACAGAUGAGGAUCAGUGAAAUACAAAUAUAAAAAUAUAAAGCCGUGUUCUCCACCAAAAUUUUUUGCGAUGACGAGGUAUAAACAGGCUGAAUUCGAGGACGAAGACAGCAGUAGCAUCGGCUCCGUCGCCCUAAAUAGCGAAGGUAUCAGUACGUCCGCUACGCAUAUAAGAUAUCAUACGGGUACAACAAUGUGGAAGACGAGAAGUAUUUUGGAGAGAUGUCUUCUUAUAAUUUGCACUGUUUUGCUGCUAACAAUCACGAUACUUGCCUUUGUGAUCAGCAGCCAAAAUGGUUGGGACAAAGACCAGAUUCUUCACGUCACCUCUCACGGAGAAAAUGACACGCUUUGCCUCACGAAACAAUGUGUAACGGCAGCGGCUUUCUUAAUUAAUAGUAUAGAUUAUAACGUCGAUCCAUGUGACGAUUUCUAUGAAUACGCAUGUGGUGGUUGGAGAAAGAAAAAUCCCAUUCCAGUUGGGAAGAACAUUUGGAGCACGUUCGGCAAAUUGGAGCAGGAUAAUCAAAUGGUUAUCAAGAAUGUUCUCGAGAAACCGCCUAGUGAGAUGAAAUCAAAAGCCGAGAAGAAGGCCAAGUAUUAUUACCUGUCCUGUAUGGAUGCGAAUGAGACGAUUGAGGCGCUCGGGGCGAAACCGAUGUUGGAACUGUUGGAAAAUAUCGGCGGCUGGAAUGUUUCUGGCAAAUUCAACAUUAGCGCGUGGUCCCUGCAAAACAGUAUGCAUAUUCUGCAAAACGUUUAUAAUAUGGGUGGUCUGUUCUCCUGGACCGUGAACGAGGACGAUCGAAACAGUACUAGAUACAUAAUCCAGAUUGAUCAAGGAGGUUUAACACUACCAACUGCAGAAUAUUACAUCAACAUAACCGAAUAUGGCAAGGUCUUAACCGCCUACUUGGACUACAUGACAAAGAUCGGCAUGCUCUUAGGUGGCGAAGAGAAUACCACAAGGAAACAGAUGCAGGACGUAAUCAGUUUCGAGACGAGGCUCGCAGAGAUCACUAUACCGUACGGCGAACGCAGAGAUGAGGAGAAGAUAUAUAAUUUAAUGUCAUUAAGUGAAUUACAACAAAAAGCACCUUUCAUGUCAUGGGUAGAAUUCUUCCAAAACGCUACGCGUCUCGUAAACAAGAAGAUCAACAGUAAAGCGAUGAUCGUAAAUUAUGCACCAGAGUAUUUCAUAAAAUUGUCGAAAAUCGUGCAGGACUAUAACAAAACAGCUAAUGGAAAGAUAGUACUGAAUAACUAUCUGGUGUGGCAGACCGUGAGAUCCUUGACGGCGUUUCUUUCGAAACCAUUCCGCGACGCUUAUAAGGGUUUGCGGAAAAUUUUGCUCGGUUUGGAAGGUCACGAGGAGCAAUGGCGUUAUUGCGUCGACGAUGUUAAUAACGCCAUGGGUUUCGCCAUUGGCGCGAUGUUUGUUAGAGAAGUUUUUCACGGCAAGAGUAAACCCAUGGCAGAGGAAAUGAUCAAUCAAAUUCGCAAGGCGUUCACGAAAAACUUUAAGAAUCUAAACUGGAUGGAUGCAGAAACGAGAGAUGCUGCCGAGGAGAAAGCAAAUGCAAUCACUGACAUGAUUGGUUUCCCAGACUUUAUUCUGCAGCCCAGAGAACUCGACGACCGUUACAGAGAUCUGACGAUCAGGCAGUACGAAUAUUUUCAGAACACUUUGCGCGUGAACAAGUACAGUUUCCGUAAAAAUCUUGAGAAACUUGAUCAGGUGGUGAAUAAGACCACUUGGAUAAUGUCACCGCCGGCCGUGAACGCUUAUUACACACCUACCAAAAAUCAAAUGGUCUUCCCUGCUGGUAUUCUUCAGAGCCCGUUAUUUGACAUGAAGAAUCCCAGUAGUUUGAACUUUGGCGCUAUAGGCGUAAUUAUGGGACACGAAUUAACGCAUGCCUUCGAUGACCAAGGUCGAGAGUAUGACUUGCAUGGUAAUCUGCAUCAGUGGUGGAACAACACCACGAUAGAACGAUUUCAGAAUAGACUUGGAUGCUUCGUGGAACAAUAUAAUCACUAUAAAGUACAAGGUCGAAAUAUAAAUGGCCAACAGACGCUGGGAGAGAAUAUCGCCGAUAACGGGGGUCUUAAGGCAGCGUAUCACGCUUAUCUCUCGAUGCCUAAGAGCUACAAAGAUCAACUGCCGCUACCCGGUCUCAAUUUGAAUCAUCGUCAACUAUUUUUCUUGAAUUUUGCACAGAUCUGGUGUUCCUCCAUAACGUCCGAAACGGAGAUUCUUCAGAUCGAGAAGGAUACUCACAGUCCACCGAGGUACAGGGUGAUAGGAUCACUCUCAAAUCUGCCAGAAUUCGCGAAGGAAUUUAACUGCCCUAAGAACUCGACAAUGAAUCCGGUACAUAAGUGUGAAGUGUGGUAAUGCCUCUUAUUUAUCUCGACUGAUUCAUCGAGGACAGUUCGGUUGAACUUACUCUUCAAUAUCGCGGGGAGAUCGAAGCUUCCACGUGACGUUGCGUAACGAGAGAACACGUAUCGUGGAACUUGUUUCGUGCAUUUGACCGUGCAUAUUUUAAUUCUUUCACAUAUCACCACUUACUGUGAGGAUAACUACUUAAAUUUACAGAUCUUUGGUCAGCGUAUGAUUUUGCCAAAACUUUCAAACAUGCGAUCUCGAAAAUAGUCGAGAUCGCAAGAAACGUUGACAUCUUCUUUUAACUGUGGGAA